CAUUCCGUGACCGAGAGGCGCGCUCAGGUGGAGCACAAGUUCGCUCAUCCCCGCAGACCGGCCGCACGCAGGGCGCAGAAUCCGUUUCGGCGAGAAAAUCUCGGAAUUGUAACCCCCUCCCACCUCCCCUCCCCUCCCCUCCUCUACUCUCCUCUCCUCUCCUCUCUCUCGUCUCUGUUGUUCUUGCUCUGCGAUUCCAGACCACAGCGCUCCUCUCGCAGCCCGUCUCCGGCAGCGGGGGAAACGGAGAGCCGGUGCCAGGAAGGACCCGAGGGAGGGGGCCGAGAUAUACCCGCCGCGUCCCCCCAGCCGGACCCGCAGCGGGGGGAGGAGGAGGAGGAGGAGGAGGAGGGGGGGGGGUUCGCCUGCACCAGCCCUCCCCGCGCGGUGCCCGAUGCGGGACACCUGCAGCCCGCGCUGGCAGCGAGCGCGCGGACGGGCGGCGGGCAUGUGAAGCGCGGCGGCGGACCGGCACGAGGAUGUCCGUGCUCCUGCUCGCGCUGCUGCAGCUGCUGGACCCGGCCCUGGGGCAGUUCUUCCCGGGCAGCUGCUCGUUUGAAGAGCACUACAGCAGCUGUGGCUACAGCGUGGCACUGGGGACAAAUGGCUUUGCAUGGGAGCAAGUGAACACAUGGGAGAGACCCACGAUGGAUGCAGCCGUCCCCACAGGCUCCUUCAUGAUGGUGAACGGCUCGGGCAGGGCCUCGGGGCAGAAGGCCCACCUGCUGCUGCCCACGCUGAAGGAGAACGACACCCACUGCAUCGACUUCCACUACUCGCUGUCCAGCCGGGACGGCUCCAGCCCCGGGGCCCUCAACGUCUACGUGAAGGUGAACGGGGGGCCCCAGGGGAACCCUGUGUGGAACGCCUCCUCCGCGGGCGUCACCGAGGGCUGGGUCAAGGCCGAGCUCGCCAUCAGCACCUUCUGGCCCAACUCCUACCAGGUCAUAUUUGAAGCCAUGUCUUUGAAAGGCCACCCAGGGUUCAUCGCAGUGGAUGAAGUCAGGGUGCUUGCCCACCCCUGCCGAAAGGCCCCCCACUUUUUGCGGCUGCAGAACGUGGAGGUGAACGUGGGGCAGAACGCGACGUUCCAGUGCACCGCCGGGGGCAAGUGGUCUCAGCACGACAAGCUGUGGCUUCAGCAGUGGAACGGUAAAGACACCGCGCUCAUGGUGACCCGGGUGGUGAACCACCGGCGCUUCUCCGCCACCGUCAGCGUGGCCGACACUCAGCAGAGGGGCGUGAGCAAGUACCGAUGUGUCAUCCGAUCGGACGGCGGAUCAGGGGUGUCUAACUACGCAGAACUAAUCGUGAAAGCCCCACCCACUCCGAUUGCGCCCCCCGAGCUGCUGGCAGUAGGCGCCACCUACCUGUGGAUUAAGCCCAAUGCCAACUCCAUCAUCGGAGAUGGGCCCAUUAUCCUCAAAGAGGUGGAGUACCGCACCACCACGGGGAACUGGGCCGAGACCCACAUCGUGGACUCGCCGACCUACAAGCUGUGGCACCUUGACCCGGACGUGGAAUACGAGAUCAAGGUCCUGCUGACCCGGCCGGGGGAAGGUGGCACAGGCCCUCCUGGCCCCCCCCUCGUCACGCGGACCAAAUGUGCCGAUCCGGUCCACGGGCCGCAGAAUGUGGGUGUUGUGGACAUUCGAGCCCGGCAGCUGACGCUGCAGUGGGAUCCCUUCAGCUAUGCAGUGACGCGCUGCCACAGCUACAACCUCACGGUACAGUACCAGUACGUCUUCAGCCAGCACGAGUUUGCGGCGGAGGAGCUCAUCCAGGCCUCCUCUCGUUACACCCUGCGCGGACUGAGGCCGUUCGUUACUGUGCGCCUGCGGCUGGUUCUCGCCAACCCCGAGGGACACAAGGAGAGCGAGGAAAUCGUCAAGCAGACUGAGGAGGAUGUGCCUGGUCCCAUCCCCAUGGAGUCCAUUCAGGGAGGCCCCUUCGAGGAGAAGAUCUACAUGCAGUGGAAAGCCCCGAACGAAACCAACGGCAUCAUCACGCUGUACGAGAUCACGUACAAAGCGGUGAGCUCCCUGGACCCCAGCGCGGACCUGUCCGGCCAGCGCGGCCGGGUCUUCAAGCUGCGCAACGAGACGCACCACCUGUUCGUGGGGCUGCACCCUGGUACCACCUACUCCUUCACCAUCAAGGCCAGCACGUCCAAGGGCUUCGGGCCCCCCGUCACCACCCGCAUCGCCACCAAGAUCGCCGCACCCUCCAUGCCAGAGUAUGAGACGGAUGUGCCUCUCAAUGAAACUGACACUACCAUCACCGUGCUGCUGAAGCCUGCCCAGUCCAGAGGGGCCCCCGUGAGUGCUUAUCAGCUGGUGGUCAAGGAGGAGAGGAAGCAGAAGUCGCGGCGCGCGGCGGACGUGGUGGAGUGCUUCGCCGUGCCCGUCAGCUUCAAGAACGCGUCCGUCACGGACUCGCCGCACUACUUUGCCGCAGAGCUGCCCCCCGUCAACCUGUCGGUGAUGCAGCCCUUCACGGUGGGGGACAACAGGACCUACAACGGUUACUGGAACGCCCCUCUCUCGCCUGUCAAGAGCUACAGCAUUUACUUUCAGGCCCUAAGCAAAGCGAACGGGGAAAUAAAAAUCAACUGUGUCCGACUGGCUACUAAAGUGGUAAUAGGUAGGGGACCGAUAACUACGCCGUACAUACUUGUCAUCCCCAGUGAAGGCGCCUCCACGCAGAACUCCAACGCCGUGGAGCCGGAGAAGCAGGUGGACAGCACAGUGAAGAUGGCGGGGGUCAUCGCGGGAAUCCUCAUGUUUGUCAUUAUCCUGCUGGGCGUGGUGCUCACUGUCAAGCGAAGAAAUGCGUAUUCCUACUCUUAUUACCUGAAACUUGCCAAAAAGCAAAAGGAGACACAGAGCAGCAGCACGCAGCGGGAGAUGGGGCCCGUGGGCACUGUGGACAAGAGCACUGCCAAGGUCAGCACCCUCCACAAGGACGACCCCUUCUCCGCCAGCACCCAGGACAUCAACGGCUUCUCCACCCCCCCUCCCCGCUCCUUUUCUAUGCAGAGCAAAACUCUCCAAAGCAAAAGCCUCUUGAAUUCCUACUACUCAGACAGUCCGGUCAAGCAGCAAACACUAACUUCUGUCUUCCUGCCUGUGGCUGCCCCUCCAGUGACCUCGGACCCUGUUCCCCCAGUGUCAUCUUUAGACAGCGGCCACGGGGAGAUGCCCCAGCCCACGCUGACCAUCCAGACCUACCCCUAUGGGGGCUGCGAGUCGGUGGAGAUGUCCUACCAGGCCGGGCAGUUCCAGCCUGCCAUCCGCGUGGCAGACCUGCUCCAGCACAUCACGCAGAUGAAGUGUGGCCAAGGCUACGGGUUCAAGGAGGAGUAUGAGGUAGGAAUGGGCCUCGCCGAGGGACAGACGGCCCCCUGGGACACAGCAAAGAAAGAUGAGAACCACAACAAGAACAGAUAUGGCAACAUCAUCGCCUAUGACCACACUCGUGUCAGGCUGCAGCUGUUGGACGGAGACCUGCACUCGGAUUACAUCAACGCCAACUACAUUGAUGGUUAUCACAGACCAAGACAUUACAUCGCUACACAAGGCCCCAUGCAGGAAACUGUGAGAGACUUCUGGAGGAUGAUUUGGCAGGAGAACUCCAGCAGCAUUGUCAUGGUGACUAACCUGGUGGAGGUCGGCAGGGUCAAGUGUGUCAGAUACUGGCCAGAUGACACAGAGGUCUAUGGUGAUAUUAAAGUGGCUCUCAUCGAGACUGAGCCCCUGGCAGAGUAUGUGAUUCGAACCUUCACUGUGCAGAAGAAGGGGCACCAUGAAAUCCGAGAGAUCCGCCAGUUCCACUUCACCAGCUGGCCGGACCACGGAGUGCCCUGCUACGCCACCGGCCUGCUGGGCUUCGUGCGGCAGGUCAAGUUCCUCAACCCGCCUGGCGCCGGCCCCAUCGUGGCGCACUGCAGCGCCGGAGCCGGCAGGACAGGCUGCUUCAUCGCAGUUGACAUUAUGCUAGACAUGGCCGAGAACGAAGGGGUGGUGGACAUUUUCAACUGCAUCCGCGAGCUGAGGUCGCAGAGGGUCAACAUGGUCCAGACCGAGGAACAGUAUGUAUUUGUCCACGAUGCCAUUCUGGAGGCCUGUCUGUGUGGAAACACUGCUAUCCCCGUCUGUGAGUUCAGAGCCAUAUACUACAACAUCAGCAGGCUGGACCCCCAGACCAACUCCAGUCAAAUCAAGGAUGAGUUCCAGACCCUGAACAUCGUGACCCCGCGCGUGCGCCCCGAGGACUGCAGCGUGGGGCUGCUGCCCCGCAACCACGACAAGAACCGCAGCCUGGACGUCCUGCCCCUGGACCGCUGCCUGCCCUUCCUCAUCUCCGUCGACGGGGAGUCCAGCAACUACAUCAACGCCGCGCUCAUGGACAGUCACAAACAGCCCGCCGCCUUCAUUGUCACGCAGCACCCCCUGCCCAACACGGUGGCCGAUUUCUGGAGGCUGGUGUUCGACUACAACUGCUCCUCCAUCGUGAUGCUCAAUGAGAUGGAUGCUGCCCAGCUGUGCAUGCAGUACUGGCCAGAGAAGAGCUCCUGCUGCUACGGCCCUGUCCAGGUCGAGUUCAUCUCUGCGGACAUUGACGACGACGUCAUCAACAGGAUCUUCAGGAUCUGCAACAUGGCCCGGCCCCAGGACGGCUACCGCUUGGUGCAGCACUUCCAGUUCAUCGGCUGGCCGGCUUACCGCGACACGCCGCUGUCCAAGCGCUCCAUCCUGCAGCUGGUCCGGCGCCUCGCCAAGUGGCAGGAGCAGUACGACGGAGGGGAUGGGCGGACCGUGGUGCACUGCCUGACGGGUGGCGGCCGCAGUGGGACUUUCUGUGCCAUCUGCAGUAUCAGCGAGAUGAUCCAGCAGCAGAACAUCGUGGACGUGUUCCACACUGUCAAGACCCUGCGGAACAACAAGGCCAACAUGGUGGAGACCAUGGAGCAGUACAAGUUCUGCUACGAAGUUGCUCUGGAGACCCUGAGUUCUUUCUAGGAGUUCACCCUUUUGGGCAGAUGUGUUUGCAGAAUGAAGAACUGGGCUUCGCAGUCGGACUGCGGAAGGACAGGGGACAGCACACGAGCUGCCAAGAAGAACAGAGUUACUCAGCUGAAGAAACACUCAAGGCUGACAAACUUGAGCGCUGCAGUCAGCUGCUGUACUGGAAGGCUAAAGCCCUCUUACAACUGCAAAAGGACAAAUACACAAUUGUUAAUACACUAUACUUUUCCCUUGAUUACAUUCAGUGUCCAGCAUCAAUGUGUUUAUCCCUGGGCCAAGAGGUGAUCUUGUACAGUAAUUUCCUUUUUAGGUAUAUGCUUUGAAUGUUAUCCCAUCAGUGUAAUCGCCGUGCUAGAAAGACUGGAGACUUGAGCACAAGCGAUCGACUUUUCCUUUUCUGGUCUUUGCAGCUCACUUUAACAAACCUGAAAUUUAACCUUUAAUUAAAAGAAACUAAGUAAAAAGAUGAUACAGUAUACAUAUUUUUAUCUGUACUUUCUAUAUUCUGGGUUCUAUGGUUCCUGCAACAUCAGUCAGAAUCAAUACAAACACAUGCGCUAUUCUGUUCGUGACCAUUUCUUGGGAGGCUGAACCUGUGUCUGUUUAGUUAUUCAUAGCUCUCGUUGUGUUGUUACUCCUGUACCGUGCAGACAAUCAACAACUUCUAGAAAGCCUGUGGUAGUCCCGUUCCUGACUUUGAAACCUGCUUGGCAUCAGUGAGGAGGGUGCAGACGACUCGUCUCGAUCACCGACUCAGCUUGGACUUUGUAGGUUCUGAGCUGAGUUGAGCACAGCGCCAUCUCCCCUAUUUCAGUCUCCUUUCCCAACUCCUGCUUGUUGCUGCAUAUGCACUUUAAGUUGUCAAAAUGCCUCCUUUACCUCAUUGUGUGAGCAAGUCUACAAAUCCUCUUUUUUUGCUUUAUUUAAUAAAUUGUGCCAUACUGGUUUUUUCUUUGUUUACUUAUUCAAAAGCUCAACUUAUACGUACAAAACAAAAUGAACCAGCUUCUUUCAGGAAAAGAAGUGCGAUGACGAUGGGUUAGAUGCCGAAUUAUCUGCUGUAUUUGUAUUCAAAAGUGUAUUCAACAGUCUGCAGACUGUGCUACAUUAUGAUUAAGUUCAGUAGAUUUUCCUGUUUGAAGAUGUGCAGUGGUUUAACAUAAGAAAGGAAGGAAAAGCAUCCACAGGCCUGAGGAUGUCUCCUCAAAGAAUGACCUGUCUGCCUGAUGAGGGCCUGCGUUUUACUCCUUUCCUGUUGUUCACAGCGCCCAACACCAGCAACAGGACAUCUACAGAAGCCAGCUCCUGAAACGCCACUGAGCAAAGACCAGAGCGAUUCUGGGCCAUUUCAUGAAACACAACACUAAAGUUAUACUGCCUGGUGUAGCAGACAGAGACAUGGUUAAAAAAAAUCAAUUGGGCAGGAACUUCCAGUUCUGUGUUAGCCAUUAAGAUCACCCAUUCUUGUUGAACUAACGCAAGGAUGAGAAUAAUGUUUCAUGCAAGAACUUAAAGGUUUUCAGACAGUCUGAAUGGGAUUUGGCUUGUAACAAUCCUUAACAUAUACUAAUGAUUCACCUGCAUCUGACGAUGCGCUGCUUUGGCAAUUAUCAGUUGUGUAUUUUAUGCAGGUUAAAAGCAGGGUUACAGUAGGUCAUGACAGACUACAAUUGGGGAAAAAAAACACUGUGAGGUUCUAUUCCAUUAAACAAAAAAUAGUGUUGAAACUUAAUGUGAGUGCAAUUUCUUAUUUCUAUUAUAAUUUUCUUUGUUUGGGGGUUUUACAUACUUCAGCCUUUAUCAUGCGUUUUUCUCCUAUGUGUUUAAUUAAUGUAAGGUAUUUUUACUUUUUUUGAAAUUGUCUUACUAGCAACGUGAUACUUAGAACUGGUGAUUGACAUUGGCUGUUUUAUUGUCUGAACUGUGGUAACUCCAAUAACAGGACCAAAAUGUUGAACAAUGAAUCUUUCCAGCUUUUGUAAAUAAAACACUGCAAAACCA